CGUUCAUCUUUGCGGAAAUGGAGUCCAGCGCUGGCGCGGAGUGUUUGAGAGAUAAGUGCAUCCUCAUCACCGGCUCAACAGGGUACCUCGGGAAAUUGCUAGUGGAGAAGAUAUUGCGGGUUCAGCCGGCGGUGAAGAAGUUGUACCUACUGGUCCGCGCGCCCGACGCUACGUCUGCUGAGCAGCGUGUCUUGUCUGAGGUCAUUGGAAAGGAUCCCUUCAAUCUUCUACGAGAAAAAUACGGGAUUACUGGCUUCCAAAACUUCAUCAAAGAAAAGGUAGUACCUCUCGCUGGAGACAUAAUGGAUGGCUACUUAGGGCUAGACAACUCAAGUGUUCAUGCCUUGUCGGAGGAGAUUGAUGUUAUCAUCAAUGUGGCUGAAACCACUAACUUUGAUGAAAGGAUAUUUGAUGCUCUCGUUGCCGCCUACAAUGAACAAGCAUUGCCAUGUUUCAUUCGCAACCCGGAUGACAUAAUUGAUGUGGAAAUGGAUUGCCCCAACUCUUUGGACACAAGGAGUUUGUGCGCCAAUGAUGGAUUUGGAAACAAUUGCUUCUACCUGACGCUUACGGAGGAUUUCAAAUUUAUGACGUGCGUCCCCUGCUUUGCAAGGGCUGAACUAUUAAAGAAGCUAAACGUCGCGAGGGAUGAGGAGACCACCAUUACUGCCUUCCUCAAUAUAAAAGAAGGCUUCUAUUUUAAGGUUAUGAUCCAAAAUGAGAAAGAUCAAACCUUUUUUGGUUUCCAUUGUCUUAAUUGGAGAGACUUUGCUAAAGCUUACAAAUUGGAGGUUGGGACGGAACUGUCCCCAGAUAUUGGCCAACAAACUAAUUGUGACAUCUGGGUGGAUUUGGAUAAGCUUCCUAUGAUCCCUCCAUGUUAUUUACGAGUGCCAAAAGAAACUCAGAGGAUGGUAGACAACAUUUACUAUACUGCUGGCACCAUAGUUACUUUGGAGGAGAUGAAAGAGGUCAUACGAUUUUUGGACAGUAUGAAUGAAGGCGUGAGGCAUUACCGUGCCGGAAAAAGUUUUGGACCAUACAUGCCACUUGCUCACACAUUGAGCAUGACGAACAUUGAGAAGAAGUACCUGGAAAUCCCAACACCCUGUGUGCCUCAGCAAAUGCCUGCUAAUGGUGAUAUGCGAAUUAUUGUCCAUGACAAGACAAACUUCACAUGCACUUACUCGACUUCAGCAGAUGAUGGAUGCAUCCUUGUAAAUGGGUGGAAGCAACUACUUGAGACCUACCACGUAGAAAUUGGAGAUAGGUUGAUUGCCGUGCUACACUAUGGACCACGAGGGCCUUUCUUAUUUCUCACCUCCAUAUUUGAGGGUGUUUUAGAGUGUCAUUAAACUGAACAUGAUCUACAAAUAAACUUAAACAUGCUUUAUGGUUAUACCUGGUGUUGAACACCUUGUAUGUAUGGUUAAACUUAAAUGUGAUUUAUGGUUAUUAAAGGUUGCGUUAAA